CAGGUAUUAAUGGCGCAUUCCGGUGCAUACUUUGUUAAUUUGUACUGGCAUUUUCCGAAGGAAAUGCUAAGUGAAUUUGUUUUAUUUAAAGAUCAUCCGGAUGGUUCAUUGUUUAUUCCGGAGAGGAUAUCUUAUCAACAAUUGGUAGAAAUGAUUAAUGAAAAUUGUUGCUUUGGAGAAGGUUGGAGAAUUAAAGAGAUUACUUUAAUAGUUACUCAACCCGAUGGUUCGUUGAAUUUCAUAAGACUGAAUAACGAUAGUGUUCUUCAGUAUAUUUAUUACCUUCCUUCUAUGUCCAUGGUGUAUUUGCAUUUAUCGUUGGAGACAAUUACACCGGUUACACAGGUUGAGGAUGUGUGGGGAUGUUACCGGGGAGUGGUGGAUGUUGAGGGUGUGUCUACUUCGCAUGUACGUAAUUUUGGAGAAGGGACAAGCUCAACAAUGCAAUGGGAAAAUGAGAACUGGGAAGAAGAAGAAGGCGAUGAAGAUUUCAUUCCUGGUGAAGAUGAUUUCACUGAUGAGACCUCCGAAAGCGAAUCAGACAGGUCUAUAAACGAGGAAAGUGAACCCGAAUUGAUUGAAGAGGAAGACCCUCUUCCUAGUGGUGGUCGCCACAUUUAUCGCGAGAUGGGUGAAUGUGAGCCAUCAAAGAUAGAUGAAAACGAGUAUGCUCUUCCAUUAUGGAAUGGCGACAUUGGGACCAUCCGUUUGGGUACAGUUUUUAGAAGCAAGGAAGAGGCACAAUCGGGUAUCUUGGCUUGGAACGUUGAUAGGCUGAGGGCGGUUCGAACAAUAUAUUCUAACCAAAAGUCAUUCAAAGUGGUCUGCAGAUCUAAUGAAGACGAACCUUGUGUGUGGAAGGUUCGAGUGACUAAGAAACGGGUUCAUGAAAUAUGGGAAUUAACUGAAUGGACUGACAGACACACUUGUAUGCAACGGGUUGAAAGAAAUGACCACAGAAACGUAACCGCCCGUAUGAUUUCAAAUCUUGUAGUUAACAAGAUUGAAAAAAAAUUGGACUACAACGUUACAUUAAUCCAAGCCGAUGUGAAACAAUGCUGGAAAGUCGAUGUAAGCUACAAGAAGGCGUGGCACGGCAGGAGAAAAGCCAUCGAGCGUGUGUAUGGCUGCUGGGAAUUGAAUUUUGCAGAACUCCCUCG